AUCAGCGGUGUCCAGGCGGGCCAGGCUGUCUCCAAAGACCUGAAUAAGAGAUUACCGGGUGGUUCCAGCACCAAGUCGGCAAAAUCGGAAUCUCCCUUUGUGGAGAUCAACGUCACUGGAAAGGAGUUGACAGACGAAGGCUUCUUUGAGUUUAUUGAUGUCUUGAUUGAGUGCAUCAAAACCAAAGACGACGAGCACCCCUUGGGACGCACCAGGGUCACUGAGCUCCAUUUGCAAGGCAACCAGCUCACGCUUGCAGCCCUGUCUAAGUUGACAGAGGUCAUUGCUCUCAGUGCUAGUGACCUCCGUGAAUUGGAUCUUUCCAAGAACAGAAUCCAGAUCGAGACUGCUGAAGAUAUUGCGGCGUGGGUCUCAUUCCUGAAGGCGUUUGAGACUUGCUUCGUACUUAAGAAGCUUGAUCUGGGAAGUAACCCUCUCGGACGACUGGGCCUUGAGCACUUUGCACGGGUCUAUCUGAAAAGUGACCUCGACUUUCUUGAACAUGACGCUAAUGCCCUUCUUGGCUCCAACCUCGUCGAAGAAAGUUCCCCCGUUGAGGCAGUGGCUAGAUCGACCGUGUUGGGCAAGGAAAAUGAGCCGAAACGUUCCAAGAAGAAGUCCCCGCAUAAGGGAAAAGGUGCCCGGCUGAGCGGCCAUACUUAUGUUGACCCGGCAGACAUCAAGAAGUAUGCGUGCACUCGAGGUCUUCGCUCCAUCCCCUACCUCAUCUUGUCGGACAUUGGGCUGUCAAAUACCAGUACUCUUCACCUCCUCAGCAUGCUCAAUGUUCAGCGAGCUUCAGAGGAUCUCCUCAAAUAUGUCCCUCCGGGAAAGGUGCAAAGAGUGCCUGAGAGCGCGGACCUGUGCAAGAGCAUCAUUUGGCGCCCUAAUGACGGCCUUACCAUGGAUGCGAAGCGACUGCUCGAGGUGUCUGAGAGACUCUGCGACAUGAAGUCUGAUACCGAGUCCGAAGGACCAGAUGUGGAUGACGAGGAUGAUGCUGCAGAGGGGUACUCCAGCAAGAGCCACCACGCGGUGAACAAAGAUGCCCAAUACAAGAUUGAGAGCAACUUAAGGGAGGUGUACUCUCGGAAAUACAAGCUUGUCCGCCUUGCGGCAAUCAAGGAAGACGGGGUGAAUGGCAGCACAAUUUGGAGCACCGCGUUGAAAAUGAUGCUUGUUUCUAGGGUGAUCCUGCUCGAUGGACAGGAACACCCGAAGGAGUGGGCAGCAGAUGAGGCCGAUGAGCAGGAAACCUCGCGAGCACCAUCCGGUAUCGGAUACCGCGAGCAGGAUGAUAGUUCAUCAGAGUACCCCACCUUCUCCCAUAUUGAAAAUGUGCAGCCAUAUCGCGUGCGUCGUGUGCAACCGACCACUGGCGUUGGACGCAUGGCGACGCAGAUGGCAGCCACCACCCUGGCCGAGGCUGGGCGAGGCACCGGUCCGUUCCACCCCAGUGCGCAGGCUUUCAGUUCCGACUUCCCCACGCUACAGGAGGCUCAUGUGCCAUUCGUCUCGAAGAGAGCGGCCAUCCAGGAUGAAGCGAAGAAUUCUCCUCUUGCUGCAGGGCAGACCUCGCGCAAGAGUUCUCCGGCUUCCCGCCGAAAGUGGCCACGCGAUCUUCCCCUUGACUUGUUGCGGCGAGUGAUAGCCGAGGCCGUGGGCGCCAACGGGAUCCUGGAUCAUGAUCAGCAGCAACGCAUCAUGGAGUAUGGUGCUAGCUGGCAUGAGCUGGCCCAGGAGCUGAAGUUUCAGGGGGCGGAGGAGCACCAGCAAAUCUGGAAGCUUCUCAAGACCCUUGAAUGCUUCGACUACACCCCGUGGAAGGAGCACCGGCCGUUGUGA